UGAAAUAGAAACGAGAUGAAGAUGGAAUUCUUGCGCUUUUUUUCUAUAAUUGCAACAUUUCAAGCAAUAUAUCCUGCAAACGGUUCCUCAGUACAACUGAUAAAUAAUGGCUAUGAAGACAUUCUUAUUGCAGUCAAUCCAAAUAUCCCAGAAAACUCAAAGAUUAUUGAAAGAAUCAAAAACAUGGUUACAGCAGCAUCUCCCUAUAUGUUACAAGCUACAAAGAACAGAGUUUAUAUUAGGAGUGUAAAAAUUUUAAUUCCAAAUACUUGGGCAGCUGAUAGCAGGUUUGGAAGACCAAAACAAGAGUCCUAUGACAAGGCAGAUGUCAUAGUUGCUGGACCUUCCCAACUUGGAGAUACUCCAUAUGCUUGGAUGUAUAGGGCAUGUGGAAAACCAGGAAAAUAUAUCCAUUUUACUCCCAACUUUUUACUGAAUGAUAAUCUGCUCCCAAUAUACGGACCUCAAGAAAGAGUAUUUGCCCAUGAAUGGGCUCAUCUCCGCUGGGGAGUGUUCGAUGAAUACAAUGAUGAUCAGCCGUAUUAUCUUUCCAAGCAAAAGAACAUUGAAGCAACUAGAUGUCCUUUGGAUCUUAAAGGUGUAAAUAAAGUUAGAGUGUGUCAGGGAAGCGUAUGUACGUUUAGAGACUGUAAUUCGGACUCUAAGACUGGCGUUUAUGAGGCGGGGUGCAUGUUCUUUCCUGAUGUCACUCAGACUGCCAAUAUAUCCGUUAUGUAUGCGCAAUCCCUGGAUCCUAAUCCUCUCUUAUCAGAUCAUGUAACUGUCAAAUCACAACUAGUAAAAAUAAACAAUACUUCUGAUCGUGACACAUUGAAAGCGCUUCUUCCCACAACUGCCAGAGGUGGUACAAACAUCUGUUUAGGAGUCCGUGCUGGGUUUCAUGAAAACCAAAAAUAUGAUGGUGGAACAAAUGGUACAGAAGUAGUGCUUCUGACUGAUGGAGAAGAUUCUGGUAUCAGUUCCUGUUUUGCUGAAGUACAAGCGAGCGGGGCCAGUAUUCACACAGUGGCUCUAGGGCCAAGUGCAGACCCAGCACUUGAAAAGCUAGCAAUUAUGACAGGUGGGCUAAGAUUUUAUGCAUCAGAUGCAUUAAAUACAACUGGUUUAAUUGACGCAUUUAGCGCAAUGACAUUCGGGAGUGCCACACUCACUCAGAAGUCAAUUCAGCUUGAAAGUGCAGCAACGACUAUCUUAGCAGGAGGAUGUUUAAAUGGGACUGUGGCCAUCGACAUCACAGUGGGAAACAACACUUUCUUUUUAGUUACGUGGCAGAAUACAUUUCCCAACAUUACCCUUGAGGACCCAAAAGGAAAUGUUUAUCGGAACGCUCAUUUUGUCAGCAAUUUAGUGUCAAAAUCAGCUAGUCUUGAAAUUCCAGGAACAGCUGAGAGAGGACUUUGGGUAUACAGUGUGUGUAACAGUAAUGAGAAAGCUCAAGCCUUCGGGAUAACAGUGAACUCGCAUGCGGCUGAUGCAAAUGUGCCCCCAAUAACUGUAGAAACACAAAUGAACGCUGACACUAAUUCCUACCCUAAUCCAAUGACCGUGUACGCAUUUGUAACACAAGGGCAUAUUCCUGUAUUGGGAGCAAAAGUGACCGCUAUUAUAGAAUCGCAAAAAGGCGAUGUGCAAAUGUUGGAGCUUUUCGAUAAUGGAGCAGGUGCAGAUAUCAUAAAGGGUGAUGGCAUCUAUUCCAAAUUCUUCUUCACUUUCAUUGAAAAUGGCAGAUAUAGCUUAAAAGUACGGGUUGAAAACAAAGAAAAUAACAGCAAAUUAGCUGCCCCAUCCAAUCGUGCUUUAUACGUACCCGGCUAUGUGGCAAAUGGUAAAAUAAUAGCAAACCCAACACAGCCUCCAGUUAUUAUUGAAGAUCAGUACAUUUUAGGAAAGUUUACCAGAACAACUUCAGGUGGGACUUUCAAUAUUUCUGGAGUUGUAUCACUUCCUUCUAAAGACAUCUAUAAACCCCAAAAAAUAACAGAUUUGGAUGCAGAAAUAUUGGGAAAUAAAAUUUUAUUAUCUUGGACAGCAACGGGCGAUGAUCUGGACCAAGGAAAUGCAUCAAGAUAUGAUUUAAGGAUGAGCUUCAACUUUCAGGAGCUUAUUGACAACUUUGAAAAUGCCACCUGGGUCAACAUCUCCAACCUCUCACCACAGCCUGCUGGGUGCAAUGAAACAUUUGUUUUUGAACCAGAAAAAUUAGUUAUUAAAAAUGGGACCAUCAUUUAUUUUGGUUUGGUUGCAACUGAUAAUGUUAAUCAGACAUCAGAAAUGUCUAACUUAGCUAGGGCAACAUUAUUUUUACCACCAACUCCAUCACCUUUAUCAUCACCAACUCAAAUACCAACUCCUAAAUCAACACCAAAACCAACUUCAAUACAAUCCACACCAACUCAAAAAUUAACAGAAAAGCUAGCUCCAACAGCAACACUGGAACCAACAGCAUCUCCAACACCAAGUCCAAAAUCAACAACAAAACUAACACAAAUGCAAACUCCACAAUCUACACCAACUCCAAAAUUAAAAAUAAUUGUAACACCAUUUCUAACACCAACUCAAACAUCAUAUCCAACAUCAACUCUAAAACCAACUCCAACACAAUCUCCAACAGUAACUCCAAGAUCAACACAAAAACUAACGCCAACACGAUCUCCAACACAAAAUACAAAUUCAACAUCAAAACCAACACAAAUCCCAACUCCAAUCCAAUAUCUAAUACCUAUUCCAAAACCAACUUCAAAUUCAACACAAAAAACAUUGCCAACACUAACUUCAACUCCUACUGCAAAGCCAAAAUCAACUCCAAAGCAUACUACAAAACCAACAACAAAAUCAAGUUUAAAAGAACUGCCAACACUAGAUCUACCAGAUACUCUGUCAAUUCCUCAAUCAGGAAGUGACUCUUUUGUGAAACUUAACUCAAUCAUUUUGCUCCUGGCUCCAGUUCCAAAAUCAACACCAAAACCAACUUCAACACUGUCUGCAACACCAACUCCAAAAUCAACAAUAUUAACUCCAACACCAUCUCCAACAAUAGCUUCAAAAUCGACACCAAAACUGACUCCAACGCAAACACCACAAUCAAUGCCAAAUCCAAAUUUAAAACCUAACAUAACUCUAACACCAUUUCUAACACCAACUAUAAAUUCAACAUCUAAACCAACUUGGACAUCAUCUCCAACUACAAUAAAAACACCAAGACCAACCCAAAAAUCAACAACUCCAAUUUUACUAAAACUAACUCCAAAAACAACACCAAUUUCAACACAAUCUACAAAGCCGACUCUAAAAUUAACACUAAAACCAGCUUCAAAUUCAACACAAAAACCAUUACUAACACUGACUUCAACAUCAACUGCAAAACAAACUACAAAGCAAACUUCAAAACCAACAACAAAAUCAAGUGCAAAACUAUUCGCAACACUAACUCAUCUACCAGAUACCCUGCCAAGUAUUCAAUCAGGAAGUGACUUAUCUGUGAACUUAAACUCAAUAAUUUUGUUUCUGGUGGCAGGGUCAACGUUACUGAUGACCUCUCUUGUUUUAUAA